AUGGCGGCAACUGGAUCUGGCACAGGCCGACCAGGCUCCGGUUCACAGUCUGAGUUUCGUGGCACCGGAAUUCAACAUACAGGCACGGGAAACUUUAGCGUCAGUGGGGAUCUUUACAUUAACCGGUCCGAUCAAGACUUACGAAUUCUGGCUGACCUACGAGUCACCGACCCACGCCACGAUAAGCAACGCAUUGAGGAUACAAAGGGUGGUUUGCUAAAGGACUCCUACGUCUGGGUGCUUGAGAACCCCGACUUCUGCCAAUGGCGCGACGACCCAGACCAACGACUGCUUUGGGUCAAGGGCGACCCGGGGAAAGGAAAGACCAUGCUCUUGUGCGGUAUCAUCGAUGAGCUGGAAGCAACCCGCGCUCCUCAAGGAAACCUCUUGACCUACUUCUUCUGUCAAGCCACCGACGAGCGACUUAACAAUGCAACGGGGGUAUUACGCGGCUUGAUCUUCAUGCUUCUUGACCAAGAGCCAUCCCUUCUUUCACAUAUGAAGACGAAGUAUGAACAAGGCGGGAAGGCGCUUUUCCAAGAUGUCAAUGCGUGGCAAGCGAUGUCUGAGAUCUUCAUGAAUAUGCUUCACGAUUCGAAACUUCAAGGCGUCUGCCUCCUUAUCGAUGCAUUAGACGAGUGCUCCAUGGGCCUUGAACAGCUGCUCAAAUUGAUUAUAAAAGCAUCGCAAUCAACUAGUGCAAAGUGGCUCGUCUCAAGCCGCAAUUGGUUGCAGAUCGAAGAACAGCUUUGUACAGUAGCCCAGAGACUAUCAUUGGAGGUCAAUGCAGACUCAGUAGUAACAGCUGUCGAAAGCUACAUCACCUCCAAGAUAUCACGACUAAGGAAACUUAAGAGAUAUCGAGAUGAUACCGCCAGCGAAGUAUAUCAAUAUUUAUCAGCAAAUGCGGAUGGCACAUUUCUCUGGGUCGCGUUAGUCUGUCAAGAACUCGAGAAGACCCCUCGGUGGAAGGCCUUAGAGAAGGUAAAGUCCUUCCCACCUGGACUUGAUGCUUUCUAUGUAAGGAUGAUGCAACAAAUUGACAGAGAAGAGGAUGCCAACCUUUGUAGGCAGAUUCUUGCUCUGGUGGUGACGACCUAUCGCCCACUUUCGCUUGCCGAGUCUACCACACUCAUCGAAGAGUUUCAUAAUCUGGCGGACGAUCCUGAAUCCCUUCAGGAUAUUAUUAGUAGCAACUGCGGUUCAUUUCUCGCUAUCCGUAAGGAUAUAAUCUACUUUGUCCAUCAGUCAGCUAAGGAUUUCCUGCUGAACAAGGCAUAUCCAGCAUUUCUCCAGAUUUUACCUUCAGGUAUUACACACCAGCACCAAAUCAUCCUCUCAAAGUCUCUAGACGUAUUAUCUAAGACACUCAGACGCGAUAUCUAUAACCUGCGCGCCCCGGGAAGCUGUAUAGAGGAUAUAUCACCACCAGACCCAGACCCUUUGGCUUCUCUGAAAUACUCGUCUACCUACUGGGUUGACCAUCUUCAGCAUGCAAAUCCUGCAGACAACUCAACUCGAAGUAAAUUAUGGGACAAUUCCAGCGUUUACAAUUUCCUCAAAUGCCACUAUCUCCACUGGUUAGAGUCUCAGAGUCUUCUACAGGCCAUACCACAAGCAAUUGCUGCGAUACAUAAACUCCAAUCUUUAGUUGCAGGCACUAGAGAAGAACAACUCGCAGACCUUAUCCGAGAUGCGUAUCGAUUUGUCCUAUCUUUUAAGCAAUGUAUAGAAAGCUUUCCGCUACAACUUUAUAUGGCUGCUCUUAUAUUUUGCCCUACCCGCAGCUUAAUGAAACAACUAUUCCAAGCAGAAGCACCAGUCUGGAUUACUAUGCUAACAAAGGCAAAUACAGACUGGAAUAUGUGUUUACAGACGCUAGAGGGUCAUAGAGGCCGUGUCACCACGGUGGUAUUCUCUCCCGAUGGGCGCCAGCUGGCCUCCGCCUCUGACGACAAGACUGUCAAGCUCUGGGAUACAGCCACAGGACAGUGCCAGCAGACGCUAGAGGGCCAUGACGCUUUCGUCAAGGCGGUGGUAUUCUCUCCCGAUGGACGCCAGCUGGCCUCAGCCACAUAUAAAAUAAUCAAGCUCUGGGAAACAUCUACAGGCCAGUGUCAGCAGACGCUAGAGGGCCAUGACGCUUUCGUCAAGGCGGUGGUAUUCUCUCCCGAUGGACGCCAGCUGGCCUCAGCCACAUAUAAAAUAAUCAAGCUCUGGGAAACAUCUACAGGCCAGUAUCAGCAGACGCUAGAGGGCCAUGACGAUUUCGUUAAUACGGUAGUAUUCUCUCCCGAUGGGCGCCAGCUGGCCUCCGCCUCUGACGACAAGACUGUCAAGCUCUGGGAUACAGCCACAGGCCAGUGCCAGCAGACACUAGAGGGCCAUGACUAUUCCGUUAACGCGGUAGUGUUCUCUCCCGAUGGGCGCCAGCUAGCCUCAGCCUCAUAUAAAAUAAUUAAGCUCUGGAAUAUAGCCACAGGCCAGUGCCAGCAGACACUAAAGGGCCAUGACUAUUCCGUUAAUAUGGUAGUAUUCUCUUCUAAUAGGCGCCAGCUGGCCUCAGCCUCUGACGAUAAGACUAUUAAGCUCUGGGAUAUGGCUACAGGCCAGUGCCAGCAGACGCUGAAGGGCCAUAACGAUUCUGUUAACACGGUGGUAUUCUCUCCCGAUGGGCGCCAGCUAGCCUCCGCCUCUUUAGAUAUGACCGUCAAGCUCUGGGAUAUAGCUACAGGCCAGUGUCAGCAGACGCUAGAGGGCCAUGACGAUUUCGUUAAUAUGGUAGUAUUCUCUCCCGAUGGGCGCCAGCUAGCCUCCGCCUCUUCCGAUGAGACCAUCAAGCUCUGGGAUACAGCCACAGGCCAGUGCCAGCAGACGCUGAAGGGCCAUAACGAUUCCGUUAACACGGUGGUAUUCUCUCCCGAUGGGCGCCAGCUAGCCUCCGCCUCUUUCGAUAUGACCGUCAAGUUCUGGGAUACAGCCACAGGCCAGUGCCAGCAGACGCUGAAGGGCCAUAACGAUUCCGUUAACACGGUGGUAUUCUCUCCCGAUGGGCGCCAGCUAGCCUCUGCCUCUUCCGAUAUGACCGUCAAGCUCUGGGAUAUAGCUACAGGCCAGUGUCAGCAGACGCUAGAGGGCCAUGACGAUUCCGUUAACACGGUGGUAUUCUCUCCCGAUGGGCGCCAGCUGGCCUCAGCCUCUGACGACGAGACUGUCAAGCUCUGGGACACGGCUACAGGCCACUGUCCGCAGACGAUGGAGGGCCAUAGCAGGUUGGACAACAUAUUCGCAACAACGAUCCAAGACCCAAGUUGGGGUUUUUAUAAUCAGUGUAAUAUGCUUUCACAGAAGGGCACAUGGAUCAUAAAUAAUUCUCAGAAAUUGCUGUGGCUACCUCCAGAGUAUCGCGCAUCUUGUUAUGCAGUUGAUAGAUUGAAAGUAGCUAUUGGAUGUCGAUCAGGCUAUGUGUUACUUCUGCAGAUUUCAUCAGACGUUUACAGCCGUGAACGUUAUACCUUAUAG